UUUCAAGAGAUCAUAUAUAAAGCACAAAGGAAUAAUAUCCUUGACAGUGAUCUGUGAGAGUUCGCAACUAUGGCAUCAUCUAAGAUAUUACUUCUCUUCGGAGUGGCGUUAGCCCUGAUAGCCACAGCCUUCGCACAGGGCUAUGGUGGCGGUGGUGGUUACGGCGGCGGCUUCGGUGGACAAGGAGGCGGCUUUGGUGGUCAAGGAGGCGGCUUCGGAGGCCAAGGAGGCGGCUUCGGAGGCCAAGGCGGCGGUGGCGGUUUCGGAGCUCAAGGCGGUGGUUUCAAAGUACAAGGAGGAGGAUUCAGAGCCCAGGGCGGCGGCUUUGGAGCACAGGGUGGCGGCUUUGGAGCCCAGGGAGGUGGCUUCGGCGGCCAAGGAGGUGGCUUCGGAGGACAAGGUGGUGGCUUCGGCGGACAAGGAGGCGGUUUCGGAGGAGGAUUCGGGGGUGGACGAGGAGGCUAUGGACGUUGAUUUUGAAGUGGAAAUGUACGCUUACGGAGAAUGAUUUGAAGCUUUAUUUUUUUUUUGUUCCUUUUUAAACCAAUACUCAACUUGAAUACAAAAUUAUUUUGACGACUGUGAUAUUUUCAGUUCGGAAAAAUGUACUUGUUUAUUUUUUUGUUUAAAACUUUGUUGUAUAAAGAAUACAUAAUUUUAUAUUGAAACAUGUAAAUAGCUAAUUACGAAUUGUAUUUUCCCACGAGUCACAUGACGCAAAGAAAAAUAAAUAAACAAUCUUAGUUUACUUUAUAAUAA